AUGGGGGUCACGGCUCUGGACGCCUGGGACCCACUCCGGUCUGUGGGAGGGCAGCUGGAAGCCGCAGAGGCCGGCUCUGAUAUCGUCAUGCUCGAUAACUUCUCCCCAGAGGACUUGCAUUCUGCCGCCCGCGCGCUGAAAGACGCCCACCCCCGGGUGAUGGUGGAAGCCAGCGGGGGCAUCUCGGAGGAGAAUGUCUCCCAAUUCUUCGGCCCAUGUAUAGACGUCCUUUCUCUGGGAUGCCUCACCCAGUCGGCCCAAGCCGUGGAUUUUUCCCUCAAAAUCUGUCGGGAGAAUCCGGCCCCAAAAGAUUUUGCCUUCUAAGACCAUGAGCCUCUGUUUUCAAGAUAAGAGUGUGGAGUUGUAGCCCAGUGAAAUCAUGGGUCAGGGCGUUUCAUAGAUUAGCAGAUACAGGUAUCUCUUGUCUUCCACUUACCAUAUGCUGUCUUGAGUUUCUCACCUUGAAUCUCUCCUAAGCACCCUCAGUUACUAAAUUUCCUGAACUGGGAGUAAAAUUUUAGCUUUGUAAACUCAUGUGGUGGGGAGUUCCACUGA